CCCACGUCCGUGGCGUCUAUGACCCAUCCGAAGCACACUGGAAUAACAGAUUAAUUGAUUUGCAUGUGUUUACAGGAGAGUGAGCUCAUGCUGUGUGAGCACUUUGCUUCGUAUGGAGGCUAAUGAUGUUGAGGCGCUGGGGAGUCGAGCCCCUGAUGCCACUGUAAUCCUGCUGAUUACAGAGAGCAUGCAGAUCACAGGGCUCUGGACAGCACACUGCAGUCACCUCACAGGUGGCCUUUCAUGUGCGUGGGCAUCUGUAUAUGAGAGAGACACACAGCAGAUAAACAGACACAAGAGUAUAGAAGAGAAUAGACGGAAAGUAUAGGACACGGCAGACAACAAUAAACACAUUAACUUUGCAUUAGCUCUGUCUGUCUUUGGCUGAAUGAACAUUAAAUCUCACUCAGAAUGACAUCAAACUGUCUGCUGUUCAUCUCUUCAACAUCCCUGCCCUUUCUGGCUGGUUUUCAGGGCGUUGCGUCGCCUUAUCCCAUCAGUGAGUGGUUAAAGGCCAUGUUUAGGAAGGCUAGAGCGGCUGUUGUACUUCUCAUGAUGUUUCCUAAUACUCUGGAGCCCUCCAGGUAUGAGCUUCAAACAGGCACGAGACGCCUCUGUCUCCGCCGACAGAGCAGAGACUGGGCCUAAUCGCAGCGGGCGCCACACACCUCAGGAAGGCAGCAAUUUUCCAUCAUUACCGUUAAAUCCUGCUUAAAAGAACCGGAUUCCACAGGCCUAAUUACAAGGUGUUAAUAAUAACAAUGUAAUGACAGUCAUUUCAAAGCCUGCCCAAAACCAUAAUCCAUCUCCCAGCUGACUCUCACAUUUAAGUGUGCGGUUGCUGUACGGUGAUAUCUUCAAGUUUAAGAGCACCCAUGAUUCUUAUUGAUUACCAUUGUGAUUACUCUCAACAAUCGGUGUGUCAGGUCCUUGCAAGUCUGGGCUUGAACGAGGAGCUCUGUCAGCUUUUGUUAAGUGGAAGUACAGCUCUUCAGGUGUCACACUGACGCUUUUCAUCACGCUGCUGCUGAUGCUCGGAGACAUGGCCGGGACAAUCCAACAGCCUAAUUGCAGGUUGGAGUAGAUCUCAGCAGACAGGGGAUUGAUUUACUUCUAUUAGCUUUUUUUUUACAUAAAUACCAGACCUCAUCCAAAAUUCCUUUGCAUUAAGUCAUGACAUCAAGCAUUUUCCUUUGUUUUCAAUGGCUCAGUGAAUAAAAUACAGCCUCUUGCUGUCAGUAAUUAUGAUAAAACAUUGAGUUCUUUUCAAGAAACAAUCUUCUCCCUGCGUAAUUACUGCUAAAUGAGGCUGAUGAGCAUCUGACCUGCUGUCUAGUUGGUAGUUGUGGGGGUGUGACACUACCACAGAGAUCCCGUGCAGAAACACACCGUCCAAUCACAAGUCUUCCUCCCAACCCUUUGGAUCAAGGCGCAUCAUUGGCCGAGUACUUCCCAAAGUUUCUCCAACUUUGCACCAACUAAUACUCCCAACUUCCUCAAUGUGUGUGCACUGCUGCUGCUGCUGCUGCUGCUGCAUGUUUGCACUCCGUGACAGAAAAGUGAUGUGCUUUCUGAAUUAGACAUCGAGCAAACUAAAGAAAGCAUGUCUUCCCCUGGAGACUGGAGGGACGAGGGUUCAACAGACGAGGAGAUAAAACCGCCGCGGCUCAAGAAGCGCACGGCGCAGGUGACGUGCCUGCCGUUCAGCGUGGAGGCGCUCAUGUCGGACCGGAGGCCGCUCAAUGUGACGGAAAGAAAGGAGGCCAGUGUGACCGAUUAUCAGUCGCACAGGGCGGACGAGUUCACCAAACAGUUUGUGUCUAUCAAAUCAGAGUCAUCGGAACGAGUGGACUGUGCGUCCUGGAUACCCAGCCCCAUUAAGAUAUCAACCCCACCGCGGCAGCUCAGUCCAGCAGUCUGCCCCUUGAGAAAACACAAAACCAACCGCAAGCCCCGCACUCCCUUCACCACCACGCAGCUCCUCGCCCUGGAGAGGAAGUUUCGUCAGAAGCAGUACCUGUCCAUUGCCGAACGGGCCGAGUUCUCCUCCUCCCUGUCACUGUCUGAGACCCAGGUUAAGAUCUGGUUCCAGAACCGGCGAGCUAAAGCCAAGAGGCUCCAGGAGGCAGAGGUGGAGAAACUCAAAGUAGCGGCUGGCAUUGGGCCCAAAGCUGUUUUCCACCCAAGCUUCUCGUCCCUCCGUUUCCCCCUCAGUAUUAACCUGCAGGCUGGAUCAGCAGCACUCUACGGACUGGGCUGCUCGUAUGGCCGCAGUCCCAUUCUCCCCGCUGCACAUUUGGCCUUGUAUGCUUCGCAGGUCGGCUUGUUCCAGAGAGAGGAGGCAUCAUUAUACAGACAAAGUGCUGUGGAUUUAAGGAGUGUAUCAUGAAGUCACGGACCUUUUCAUAAAAGACGUGGUCACGGACUUGAAGUGGAGCUUUGUGAUCUUCACAGGUCUUAAAUUGCAAGGAGAAUUUCUACAGUAAAUGUCCUUAUACUUUUUUUUUUUUUACAAGACACUGUAUGAAAGGACAAGGAAACAACAUCUCAGUGAUCCUCCGAUGCUGAUUCAGCAGAGGUCUCUGAUUAGAGUAUUGAUCAGGCCAUGUGUAUCUGACUUUUGUCCUCAAUACCAGAUAACAUUUAGUGUGGCCUCUUUGAUUUGUUUUUUUUUUCCCCCUACUCUUAUUGUCUUCCCUGAAAGAUUGCCGUGUUGGGAAUAUUAUUUUUCACUUGUUAGCCUUGAAUAUGCGGGGAUGUUUUAUAUUAUACUUCUCUUAGAAUAAUAAGAGGCUGCAGUUGAAGAAAUUUGGCCCGGUGAAGUGCAUGCUUGCUUAAAAGCAUUCCCAAAUAACACAUGUUUAUUUAUGGUAGCCCGUCAUUUAUAACAUGAUGCAUAACUACAUUACACAAGUUAAUAUUUGAUGUGUUUUUACAUAAUAUUAAAGCUUUUUGUUGCUUC